UGGGGGGGGGGGGGGGUAAUCUCUGUGAAGCACCACUGUAUUUAUAGAGCUUUUAAAAAAAGAUUUUCUGUUCCCCUGGUACCACUCCCUCAAUGGCACCGCCCCUGUUUUCAAUUAGCCCACGAUGGGUGGAGUAAUGCAAUCAGGAGUAACUUCAGCUCAACACAGGCUCCUACCCUCAGUCUGACACAGACUCCGCACAGGCACACACUCCUCAAACAGGAAGCGGGGGCAGACCUUAGGUCAAAAUGACCGAUCGCUACGAUUGCCACUACUGCAAGGAAUCCCUUUUUGGGAAAAAGUAUGUCCUGAGAGAGGAGAAUCCCUACUGUGUGAAAUGCUAUGAGAGCCUGUACUCCAACACCUGCGAGGAGUGCAAGAAGCCCAUUGGCUGCAACACCAGGGAUCUGUCCUACAAGGACCGUCACUGGCACGAGGACUGUUUCAAGUGCUUCCAGUGCAAGCGCUCCCUGGUGGACAAGCCCUUCUCCACCAAGGAUGAGCAGCUCCUCUGCACUGAGUGCUACUCCAAUGAGUACUCCUCCAAGUGCCAUUCCUGCAAGAAAACCAUCAUGCCUGGCUCUAGGAAAAUGGAGCACAAGGGCAACAGCUGGCACGAGACCUGUUUCACCUGCCAGAGGUGCCAGCAGCCCAUCGGCACCAAAAGCUUCAUCCCUAAGGACAGCAACAACUUCUGCGUGCCCUGCUAUGAGAAGCAGUUUGCCAUGCAGUGUGUUCACUGCAAGAAGCCAAUCACCACUGGUGGCGUGACCUACCGUGACCAGCCUUGGCACAAGGACUGCUUCCUGUGCACCAGCUGCAAGCAGCAGCUGGCUGGCCAGAGGUUCACCUCAAGAGAUGACUUUGCCUAUUGCCUCAACUGCUUCUGCAACCUGUAUGCUAAGAAGUGUGCUUCCUGCACUACGCCAAUUAGUGGUCUUGGCGGCAGCAAGUACAUUUCCUUCGAGGAGCGCCAGUGGCACAAUGACUGCUUCAACUGUAAGAAGUGCUCUGUGUCCCUGGUUGGACGUGGGUUCCUCACUGAGCGUGAUGAUAUCUUAUGCCCAGAAUGCGGCAAGGAUAUCUGAUUCAAGAUUCCGAGUAAAGGACAAGAAUCUUCGUCUGACCGACUACAAAUACUUAUACAAAUACAAAUACAAGUACAAGGCACAAGCAACGAUUACUAUCUUGGCAAAGAUAUUUAACAUUGCUACAAAUGUAAGAUGGUUUUAAUGACACCAAAUUAAAAACUACUAACAGCAUUAUAGGAAUUUAUUCAAACUUAAUAUUAACUAAGUAACCAUUAGUUGAAUGUUGACUGAAUAAAAUCAAUCAAUAAAAAAAUUAACUGUUGGCAUGGAUGUAAUAUCUGCUCAUAAAUCAACAACAAACACUGUUUGAUGGAUGCUUUUUGAAAAUUAUCAGCAGAAUUUAUUGCAGACUUUAAGGUAAUAAUUAUAAUGACUGCUUUGUGCAUGGAUUAUUAUAGGGUUUGAGGUUUGUGAAUAUGUCCUGCUUUAACUAAAGAAAUGUCGACAUUGAUUAGUUACAUAUACAAAUGUUUAAUGUACUGUGGUUGUGCAUGAAAUUACUCUAAUUAGUACAAAAUAAACUUAAACCCAAUAUAGUUUAUAUCAUAAAUGUUAUUUUAAAAUAUAAAUAAUAUAUGUAUCUAGACAGUGUGUGACCCUCAAGGGUUUGUGCUGGCUGGUGGCUACAUCUAAAACCUUUUAAUGCCGCAAACUUGACGGUUAAUUUCAAACUGCUUUAUUGUUUGUUUAUUUUUCAAAGGCAACGCAAAAAUGUAAUAAAUUAAAGGAUGUACUUAGUAUAUGUGAUAAUUUAUUUACAAAAAGCAACUGUUUGUACUACAAAUAUAACACUUGGUUUGAGCAUUCAAAGAAUUUACAAACAUUGGAAAAAUGUGUUUGAGCAACAUUAUUAACAAUUAUCCACCACAGUUUCAAAUAAACCCCGUUCAAAAA